AUGGGCAUCUUGCAGAAGAUCGUUCGCAAUGAAGCGACAAGAAACGAUCCUCCCGAGAUAUACAAUGCCCGGGUCAUUCUCAUCAGCUUAGUCGCUUGCGGCGGUGCCCUCCUAUUUGGUAUGGAUAUGGGCAUCAUUGGAGGUGUCUUGACUAUGGACACAUUCAAGAAGCAAUAUGGCCUCGAGAAUCAACCCAAGACCGUCCUAGCAAACCUUGAGUCCAACAUCGUUUCUGUCAUCCAAGCCGGAGCUUUCGCGGGUGCCUUAUUGUCGACUUGGCUCGCCAACAGGGUCGGUCGACGAUUCUCUCUCAUUAUCGCCUCAAUACUUGUUUUUAUCGGUGUGGCACUUCAAGCCGCCGCUAGUGGCCAUAUCGAAGCCAUGUACGUGGGCAGACUUGUUGCCGGAAUCGCGAUCGGAAUUGCUUCAUCUGUCAACCCGCUUUACGUCUCCGAGAACGCACCGCGGGGUAUCAGAGGUCUCCUCACUGGGCUAUACCAGCUCAGCAUUGUGACUGGACUGACGCUUGCAUUCUGGAUCAACUAUGGCUCGCUCCUCCACAUCAAAGGCCAUACACAAUACAUCAUUCCACUCUCACUCCAAGCAUUCCCGGCCGUCAUCCUCUUCAUCGGCAUGCUUCUCGCCAACGAAUCUCCCCGUUUCCUUGCCCAGCGAUCUCCCGACAAAGCACUGGCGGUUCUCGCAAAGCUCCGAAAUCUACCGGCCGAUCAUCCAUACAUCCAGCAAGAGAUGGAGGGCAUCUCCCGGCAACUCGAGGAAGAGAGGGCCCUCUCCCUCAACGCCAAUCACUUCACGCUCCUGAAGGAGGCCUUCACUGUCAAGUCCUACCGCAGACGCAGCAUGCUGUGCAUCACACUUAUGAUGUGGAGCAACCUCACAGGUACCAAUGCAAUGACAUACUACUCAAGUCGAAUUUUCGCCAGUGUCGGGUUGACGGGAUCUUCGACCGGGCUCUUUGCGACUGGCGUGUAUGGUAUUGUCAAGAUAGUUGCCUGUACCGUCUUCAUCGUAUUCGUCACGGACUCGCUCGGCCGAAGGAAGAGUCUGCUCUGGACUGGAAUCGUUCAGGGAAUCGCUCUCUUCUACGUUGGCUUCUACAUCCGCUUUGACCCGCCCAUCGCCGGCGAGCCCGUCACCGCUCCGGGUUACGUCGCUCUGGUAGCCAUCUACAUAUUCGCUGCCACGUACCAGUUCGGAUGGGGCCCUGUCGUAUGGACCUACAGCUCCGAGAUCCCUCCGGCCCGCCUCCGCGCCGUCAUGAUGGGCAUGGCGACAGCAAGCCAGUGGCUCUUCAACUUUGUUGUCGCUAAGGCCACACCGAGCAUGUUUGCCACGCUCGGUGAGGGCGGGUUCGGGACGUACUUUGUUUACGGCACAUUCUGCUUCAUCAUGGUGGUGUUUGCGUGGUUUUUUGUGCCCGAGACUGCCGGCCUUGCAUUGGAGAAGAUGGAUGAGCUAUUUGAAAACGAUUCGUUGAAAGACAAGCUCAUCUGGAGAAAGAGACCCCAACUGAGCUCCAGAGAUAGCACGAGUGAGGAAAGGGCGAUGGAUAAGAAGGAUGCUGAGCAUGUUGAAGUUGUUUGA